AUGUCCGCAAACACCAAUGAACAUUCCGGCGACGGCUUCUUCUUAACUCCGCAUCAGCAAGGUCUGCUAUUUGCUGCCCUCAACACGAACAAACAGCAGGCGCUUACUAGCUCUGCCGCGCCGAACCCAGUCUCCCUCUCUCCCAGCUCCUUCAAGCACUCCCCCAGCAAUGGUGCCCCCGUCGCCGGAGGCUACCAGGAGAGUCCCUUCAUCGACAACUAUGAAUACGAGUUUGGAGAUUCCAGCUUCGACUUUUCUUUUGCCGGAAACGACCAGGCUGCCAUGAUUGGCGACAUGCCGUCUACCUCUGAUAAAUCCGAUACCCCCGAAGAUGACUUGCACGAGAAGCGCAGCUAUCCCGACGACGAUGACGAUGACGGUCUAGAGAAUGACGCGAAAAGGCGUGAGGCCGGUGAAAAGAUUCCAAAGAAGCCCGGCCGAAAGCCGCUGACCUCGGAGCCUACUUCCAAACGCAAGGCGCAGAACCGUGCCGCACAGAGAGCAUUCCGCGAGAGAAAGGAGAAGCACCUCAAAGACCUCGAAAUCAAGGUUGAGGAGUUGGAAAAGGCAUCUGAAGCUACCAACCAUGAAAACAGCAGGCUUCGAGCCCAGGUUGACCGCAUGAACACUGAGCUCAAGCAGUACAAGCAAAAGAUGUCCAUGCUUGCUCAACCCAAGCCUUCACUGCAGAGCGUUCCUUUCCCUGGUGCUGGUGUCAACGGUAUCAACGACGUCAACUUCCAGUUUGAAUUCCCCAAGUUUGGAGCCCUUCCCGGCCCGCCCCUCAGCAAGCCGGCCCAGAGAUCCGUGUCCCAACCCCUCAGCCCCCAAAAUGGCACCCAGGUGUCUAGCCCCGCCGUCAGCAUGAGCAGCGACAUCAAGUCUCCUCGGCAGUCGGCCGCUCAGUUCAAGGAAGACUUGGCCAAAUUUUCCAACAUCUUCUCACCUUCGAUGAGCAGCUCCGCCGGCAAUGGCUCACGCGCCAGCGUUGACUCGGCCAACUAUAGCUUCCCGGGGGCCACGAGCUCGCCGUCUGCCUCGUCCAACUCCAAUGUUGGGCCCAGCUCCUCCUGUGGCACCUCACCUGAACCCUUUACACAGUCUCCUAUGGGCUUCAAGCCAGUCGAUGCUCUCAGCACAAUUGGCGAGGAGCAGCUGCCCAUAAAUAACUCGGAGCAGGCGUUCACUGACUUUGCCAAUGCGGACUUUGGCACCAACAGUCUGGACUGGCUUGCGCAACAGAACGGCGGCCAGUUUGAUCCCCAGCUUUUCAAUGACUACAGAGAGCCGCAGCAAAAUAUCAUGUCCAACCCAUCUUUUGACGACUUCUUCAACGAUUCAUUUGAUGCCGACUUCCUCACGCCUUUCAACGCUGCUACCAACGCCAACCUGCCCAAGAAGAAUAAUCUCAUUGCUGAGAUUGACGCGAAGCAGAACGAAGAUGACGUCCCGGUCGGUGGCAAGAAUAGACGAGCACACGAGAUCUGGGAAAAGUUGCAGGAAUGCCCCAAAGCCCAGAGCGGCGAUUUUGACCUCGAUGGUCUAUGUAGCGAGCUCACCAAGAAGGCCAAGUGCUCCGGUAGCGGCCCCGUUGUCGGUGAGGUCGACUUUGACACCAUCCUCAAAAAGUACAUGGGCAAGGAUGUCGCCUCUGAGUGUGUCGCCGACAAGCUCGGCAUCGAAGUGGACAGGAGCAAGACGACCAAGAAAUAA